AUCAAUACCUGCCCUUAUACCUUAUUGCCUCUUGUUUGUUCUUCAUUUCACAUUCUCAAACCACUUCUAAUACUUCCUCUCAACAACGUUGCCUCCCAGACCAGAGCUCUGCUUUGCUGCAACUAAGGAAAGAAUUUGUGGAAAAGAGAACCUAUCCUGAUGAUUACUAUCCAAAGAUGAAGUCUUGGAAGGCAGAUAGUGAUUGUUGUUCCAGCUGGGAUGGGAUCACAUGCGAUGCACACUACGGCCACGUCAUUGGCUUAGACCUCAGCAACAGCUGGCUUUGUGGGCCUCUCAACUCUAACAGCAGCCUCUUCAGGUUGCGUCAUCUUCGAAAACUCAACCUUGCCCUCAACAACUUCACCACAAUCCCAUCUGAGUUUGGGCAGCUUGUGAGGUUGACCCAUCUUAAUCUCUCUAGUUCCUUCUUACAUGGCCGAAUCCCGUCGGAAAUUUCAUGGCUCUCCAAUUUGGUUUCACUUGAUCUCUCUUUCAAUUAUUUUGAGUACUCUGAUCUUAAAUAUUUGAAUCUCAGAAGAAAUGAUCUGGAAGCAUUUGUCCAGAACGUGACAUAUUUGAGAGAACUUCAUCUAGACGUAGUGAACAUCUCAUCGUCACUGCCUCAAUCCCUUGCAAAUUUGUCUUCCUUGACUUCUCUUUCUCUGUCUGACUGCAUUUUGCUUGGCGAAUUUCCCUCAGAUAUUUUCCUACUGCCCAAGAUACAAGCCAUUGAUGUGUCAGGUAACAACAAUCUCAUUGGUUUUCUUCCCAAUUUUCGAUCUGGUAGUUCCCUAAAGCAAUUGCGUCUUUCCUCCACAAAUUUUUCUGGGGAAUUGCCCGAUGCAAUUGGGAACCUUAAGUCCUUGAACUUUUUGGAUCUUUCUCAAACCUAUUUUUCCAGAGAAUUACCCAAUUCAAUCGGCAACCUAGAACACUUGAGCCAUUUGGAUCUUUCUGGGGCAAGUUUUUCUGGGGAAUUGCCCAAUUCAAUCGGCAACCUUAAAUCCUUGAGCUCUUUGGAUCUUUCUGGGGCAAAUUUUUCUGGGGAAUUGCCCAAUUCAAUCGGCAACCUUAAAUCCUUGAGUCAUUUGGAUCUUUCUAGGACAAAUUUUUCUGGGGAAUUGCCCAAUUCAAUCGGCAACCUUAAAUCCUUGAGUCAUUUGGAUCUUUCUAGGGCAAAUUUUUCUGGGAAAUUGCCCAAUUCAAUCGGCAACCUUAAAUCCUUGAGUCACUUGGAUCUUUCUGGGGCAAAUUUUCUUGGGGAAUUACCCAGUUCAAUCGGAAAGCUUGAGUCCUUGAAUACUUUAUAUCUUGGCUCAACAAAUUUUUCUGGGAAACUGCCUGAUUCAAUCGGCAAUCUCAACUCCUUGAAUGAUUUGGAUCUUGAUUCAAGUAAAUUUUCAGGGGAAAUUCCCCCUUCUAUUGGGAACCUAUCACAGCUUACUUCUCUUUCUCUCUUUGGGAGCAAUUUUCAUGGUCAGCUUCCAUCCACAUUAGGAAAUCUUGCAAAACUCACUUAUCUAAGUCUUCGCUAUAGCCUUUUCUCUGGGAAAGUACCAUCUUCACUGGGAAAUCUUACACAACUAGAAGAAUUACUCCUUUCAAAUAACAAUUUUGAAGGCAGGUUCCCAGUUUCACUAACAAAUAUUACCAAACUCACUCAGAUAGAUAUAUCAGGAAACCAAUUGAAAGGGUCAAUCCCAUCGGAAAUAAGUAGACUUACUCAUUUGUCUUCCCUGGACUUGUCUCAAAACUCACUCACAGGGGCUAUCCCCUCUGUUUUGUAUACAAUGCCUUCAUUGUUUGUACUAUAUCUAGAUCAAAAUCAGCUUAUUGGCCCUCUCCAAUUCCAAAAUAUCUCUUCAUCACAGUUAAAUUUCCUGGCAUUGAGUGGAAACAAAUUGGAUGGACCGGUUCCAAGGUCAAUUGCCAAUUUCACUAAGCUACAAGAGCUAUAUCUUUCUUCGAUCAACCUAAAGGACAAGAUGGAGUUAAACAUAUUCUUCCAGGUUAAAGAGCUUCAAAUUCUGGAUCUUUCAGGUAACAAUUUGUUGGUUUCAAAAGAAAAUAUCAAUUCAACCCACCACAAAUUUUCAGGUUUGUAUUUGUUUUCUUGCAAUUUGCGUGAAUUCCCUGAUUUCCUAAAAGCCCAAAAUGAAUUGAAUACAUUAGACCUUUCUAACAACAAAAUUGAAGGUAAAAUACCUAAAUGGUUUUGUAAUGUUGGAAAAGGGACGCUACUAUCCCUGAAUCUUUCUUUUAACCUUCUCAGUGGUUUUGAACAACCGCUAAAAGUUCUUCCUUGGAAAUUCAUUGACUAUUUAGAUUUACGUUCCAACAUGUUGCAAGGACCACUCCCAAUUCCCCCAUUGUCUACAAGAUAUUUUUUUGCCUCAAACAAUAAUCUAACCGGAAAAAUCCCUCAAAUGAUUUGCAACGUGAAUUCCCUCCAAGUCCUUGAUAUAUCUAACAACCGGUUGAGUGGUCACAUUCCUCAAUGUUUAGGUCACUUCAGCAGCUUUCUUUUAGUAUUGAAUAUGAGGAACAAUUGCUUUCAAGGAAGCAUGCCCAAAACAUUCAUAAAAGGAUGUACGUUGAUGACGUUGGACUUCAGUCACAACCAAAUACAGGGGAAGAUUCCACGAUCCUUAGUGCAAUGUCGAAUGUUGGAGGUCCUAAAUCUUGGAAAUAACAACAUGAAUGAUGCAUUCCCCUUUUGGUUACAGUCUUUGCCAGAAUUACGGAUUCUUGUCUUGCAUGCAAAUCGAUUCCAUGGCCCCAUUUGGAAUCCUCAUAACAGGUUUGGCUUUUCCAAGUUGCAUGUCAUUGACCUCUCUCACAACAAUUUCUCUGGAAGGCUACCUUCAGAAUACUUUAGAACUUGGAAUGCAAUGCAAAUGGUUCCUGCCAAAGCACAACCAGAAUACAUGGGAAGUCAAUCAAAUUAUUAUGAAGACUCAAUAACAGUGGUGAAUAAGGGGUUAGAAAUAUUUUUGGUAAAGAUCUUGACCAUCUUCACAGCUAUUGAUCUCUCCAAUAAUAGCUUUAAUGGAGAAAUCCCGGAUACAAUGGGAAUGCUCAAGGAUUUAAUUGUACUCAACUUAUCAAGCAACAGUUUCACCGGUCAUAUCCCAUCAUCCUUGGGAAAUCUAACCGAGCUUGAGUCAUUAGAUCUCUCUCGAAACAAGCUCUUAGGGGAAAUCCCUCGUCAACUUUUAAGUCUCACAUUUCUUGCAUAUUUGAACCUCUCUAAUAACCAACUUAUGGGUCUGAUUCCCCAAGGUGGACAAUUUUGGACAUUUGAUAAUUCCUCUUUUGAGGGGAACUUGGGAUUGUGUGGCCUUCCGUUGUCAAAGAAAUGUGGACAUAGUGAAAUUCCAACUUUUGAACCAAGCAAGGAGUCAUCUUUUGGAGAGUGGUUCAGUUGGAAAGUGGUAAUGAUAGGAUAUGCUUGUGGGUUUGUAAUUGGACUGGUUACCGGACAUGUCAUCAUAUCGAAGAGGCCAAAUUGGUUUGUGAGAACUUUUAGAGUGAACCUGUGAAGGCAAAGAUAACUUGAGUAGACUCUUAGAGGGCCUAGAGGCACUUAAUGUGGAUUUAUAUUUUCUGUAUUAGCUGUAUUUCUGCAAUAAGAUAAGCUUUAUUUCCCCCCAGAAAGAUAAGCUUGGCUGAAUGUAAUAAAAUAACUCGUAUGGUAGGUUUGUUAUAUUUCUGCACUUUGUUAUAUUCUCAUAAUAACAAACAUAUGUUUCCAGAA